CUUCCACACAACGCUUCCGCUGCCGAUAGCCCGAUACCGCGAGUGAGGGUCGAUGGCGACGGACGGGGAGUGCUCCACGCCGGGGAAGGGGGCGACGGUCCGGAGCCACAGCGAGGCGGAGCGCAAGCGGAGGCAGCGCAUCAACGCCCAUCUCGCCACGCUCCGCACGCUCGUCCCCUCGGCCUCCCGGAUGGACAAGGCGGCUUUGCUGGGCGAGGUCGUGCGGCACGUGCGGGAGCUGCAGGGCAGGGCCAACGACGCGACGGAGGGCGUGGUGGACGUCGUUCCCGGGGAGACCGACGAGGUGGGCGUCGAGGAGGACGACUACCUCCUCAACGCCGGGCCGACGGACGACGAACCCCGGUGGCGGCGUCGCGUUCGGGCGUGGGUGUGCUGCGCUGACCGGCCGGGGCUCAUGUCGGACUUGGGCCGCGCCGUGCGUUCCGUCGGCAGCGCGCGCCCCGUGCGCGCCGAGAUCGCCACCGUCGGCGGGAGGACCCGUAGCGUCCUGGAGCUGGAGCACGUCUGCCACGAGGCCGGACCAGCCAACGACAGGGCGGUGGCGCUCUCCACCCUGCGCGCCGCGCUCCGCACCGUGCUGUUCAACCGGGAGGAGCUCCUCGCCACCGCCGCCGCCGUGGACGGAUACAAGCGGCCGCGCCUCUCGCCGGUGCAGCAGCUCAGCUAGGCUAGCUCUAGCUAGCACCCAUGCAACGACGCCAGGGCAGCAAAACGGAGGGGACAAUGCCGUGUACACGACAGCGCCAUGGUUGCCUGUUUCGUGUUGCUACUUGCUACAGGCGAAUCUGCGUACGUACGUGUCGUUUCGCCUGCCAUGGUCGGUUCGCGUACUUGCAAGCAGCACUAGGAGACCUGUCAGGUAUACAACUGUGGCGGUGGUUGAAUUUUGCAGCUUGCCUCGUGUGGUGCACUCUUGUGUUUUUUAAUUUUUUUUCAUCAAGUUUGGAUUGAAAAAAAAAGACACAACAGUUGUGGUGCACUGUUGUGCUGAAUUCUUC